ACAGAAUCAACAACAACAAAAAAAAACAGCGCGUUCGCAUCGCCCAAAUACAAAAGAAAACAAAAAUAAAAAUUUAAAAGAAAAACACAAAAUUAUACGAAAACGCGCCGCGUCGUCGUCAGCCUGCAGAUCCAUUAGUGCCGCCAUUUGUGUUUGUGGAUGCAUUUGCAUGUGUAGGCAACAACAACAACAACCGCAGCAACAGCAACAACAACCACAACCACAACAACAGCAACAGCAACAGCAACUGCAACACCAAAACCAAAACCAGCAACAACAAUAGUAACCACCAUAACAGCAGCAACAUUUGUGGCAACUUAUUGCACAACAGCAACAACACAGCAGCAACAACACAGCAACACAGCAACAGCAACAGCAACAACAACAAUAGCAGCAGCAGCAAUAGCAACAACAAAGGCACAACAUCGAUUGACAUCGAUUAACGCAUCGUGCUAAGCGGCGGGCGCUACUCGAACAUGGCGCCUCGGAUAUAGUUGUAGCUUUAAUGUAGCAGGCGACAUCCAUGUGCCUCAUGCCUUGGAAAUCUAAGGCUCUCAUCGUUGGCCGCAUAGACAAUGACAGAAGAUUCCGACUCGAUAUCUGAGGAAGAACGCAGUUUGUUCCGUCCCUUUACCCGCGAAUCAUUGGUGCAAAUUGAACAACGCAUUGCCGCUGAACAUGAAAAGCAAAAGGAGCUGGAAAGAAAGAGAGCCGAGGGAGAGGUGCCGCAAUAUGGUCGCAAGAAAAAACAAAAAGAAAUCCGAUAUGAUGACGAGGACGAGGAUGAAGGUCCACAACCGGAUCCUACACUUGAACAGGGUGUGCCAAUACCUGUUCGAUUGCAGGGCAGCUUCCCGCCGGAAUUGGCCUCCACUCCUCUCGAGGAUAUCGAUCCAUACUACAGCAAUAUACUGACAUUCGUAGUUGUAAGCAAGGGAAAAGAUAUUUUUCGCUUUUCUGCAUCAAAAGCAAUGUGGCUGCUCGAUCCAUUCAAUCCGAUACGUCGUGUGGCCAUUUACAUUUUAGUGCAUCCAUUAUUUUCGUUAUUUAUCAUUACCACCAUUCUCGUGAACUGCAUAUUGAUGAUAAUGCCGACAACGCCCACGGUCGAGUCCACUGAGGUGAUAUUCACCGGAAUCUACACAUUUGAAUCAGCUGUUAAAGUGAUGGCACGAGGUUUCAUUUUAUGCCCGUUUACGUAUCUUAGAGAUGCAUGGAAUUGGCUGGACUUCGUAGUAAUAGCUUUAGCUUAUGUGACCAUGGGUAUAGAUUUAGGUAAUCUUGCAGCCCUGAGAACGUUUAGGGUGCUACGUGCGCUAAAAACCGUAGCCAUUGUUCCAGGCCUGAAAACCAUUGUUGGCGCUGUCAUUGAGUCGGUGAAAAAUCUGCGCGAUGUGAUAAUUUUGACAAUGUUCUCGCUGUCAGUGUUCGCCCUGAUGGGCCUCCAGAUCUACAUGGGCGUACUGACACAGAAAUGCAUUAAGAAAUUCCCGCUUGAUGGUUCCUGGGGCAAUUUGACCGAUGAGAACUGGGACUAUCAUAAUCGGAAUAGCUCCAAUUGGUAUUCCGAGGAUGAUGGUAUAUCGUUUCCAUUAUGUGGCAACAUCUCCGGCGCUGGUCAAUGCGAUGACGACUAUGUGUGUCUGCAGGGGUUUGGACCGAAUCCCAAUUAUGGUUACACCAGUUUCGAUUCAUUCGGUUGGGCAUUUCUGUCCGCUUUCCGACUGAUGACCCAGGACUUUUGGGAGGACCUGUAUCAGCUGGUUCUCCGUGCCGCUGGACCCUGGCACAUGCUGUUCUUUAUAGUCAUCAUCUUCCUAGGUUCAUUCUAUCUUGUGAAUUUGAUUUUGGCCAUUGUUGCCAUGUCAUAUGACGAAUUGCAAAAGAAGGCCGAAGAAGAGGAGGCUGCCGAAGAGGAGGCGAUACGUGAGGCAGAGGAGGCGGCCGCUGCGAAGGCGGCUAAGCUGGAGGAGCGCGCCAAUGCGCAUGCACAGGCCGCCGCCGAUGCCGCUGCCGCCGAAGAGGCGGCACUGCAUCCCGAAAUGGCCAAGAGUCCAACGUAUUCGUGUAUCAGUUACGAGCUGUUCGUUGGCGGUGAAAAGGGCAACGAUGACAACAACAAGGAGAAGAUGUCCAUUCGUAGCGUCGAAGUGGAGUCGGAGUCGGUGAGCGUUAUACAAAGACAACCAGCACCUACCACAGCACACCAAGCUACCAAAGUUCGUAAAGUGAGCACGACAUCCUUAUCCUUACCUGGUUCACCGUUUAACAUACGCAGGGGAUCACGUAGUUCUCACAAGUACACGAUACGUAAUGGACGUGGCCGUUUCGGGAUACCUGGCAGCGAUCGCAAGCCUUUGGUAUUGUCAACAUAUCAGGAUGCACAACAACACUUGCCAUACGCCGAUGACUCGAACGCCGUGACGCCCAUGUCUGAGGAGAAUGGAGCCAUCAUAGUGCCUGUUUAUUAUGGCAAUCUAGGCUCUAGACACUCGUCGUAUACCUCGCACCAGUCCCGUAUAUCGUAUACCUCACAUGGCGAUCUGCUUGGCGGCAUGGCCGUCAUGGGCGUCAGCACAAUGACCAAGGAGAGCAAGUUGCGCAAUCGCAAUACACGCAAUCAAUCAGUGGGCGCCACAAAUGGCGGCACCACCUGCCUGGACACCAAUCAUAAGGUCGAGCAUCGGGACUACGAAAUCGGCCUGGAGUGCACGGACGAAGCGGGCAAGAUUAAACAUCACGACAAUCCUUUUAUUGAGCCCGUCCAGACACAAACGGUGGUCGACAUGAAAGAUGUUAUGGUCCUGAAUGAUAUUAUUGAGCAAGCCGCUGGUCGGCAUAGUCGAGCAAGUGAUCGCGGUGUCUCCGUUUACUAUUUCCCAACAGAGGACGACGACGAGGACGGGCCCACAUUGAAAGACAGGGCGCUCGAAGUGAUACUCAAAGGCAUCGAUGUGUUUUGUGUGUGGGACUGCUGCUGGGUUUGGUUGAAAUUUCAGGAAUGGGUAUCCCUGAUCGUCUUCGAUCCGUUCGUUGAGCUCUUCAUCACGCUGUGCAUCGUUGUGAACACCAUGUUCAUGGCCAUGGAUCAUCACGACAUGAACAAGGAAAUGGAACGUGUGCUCAAGGCUGGCAACUAUUUCUUCACCGCCACCUUUGCAAUUGAGGCCACGAUGAAACUGAUGGCCAUGAGUCCCAAAUACUAUUUCCAGGAGGGCUGGAACAUCUUUGAUUUCAUCAUUGUCGCCCUCUCACUGCUCGAGCUGGGCCUCGAGGGCGUCCAGGGUCUAUCCGUAUUGCGUUCGUUUCGUUUGCUGCGUGUAUUCAAAUUGGCCAAAUCAUGGCCAACGUUAAAUUUACUCAUAUCGAUAAUGGGUCGCACUGUCGGCGCUCUGGGCAAUCUGACCUUCGUCCUAUGCAUUAUAAUCUUCAUAUUUGCUGUAAUGGGCAUGCAGCUGUUUGGCAAAAACUACACAGAUCACAAAGAUCGUUUUCCGGACGGAGAUCUGCCGCGCUGGAACUUUACAGACUUCAUGCACAGCUUUAUGAUCGUGUUCCGGGUGCUAUGCGGCGAAUGGAUCGAGUCCAUGUGGGACUGCAUGUACGUGGGCGACGUAUCCUGCAUUCCAUUCUUCUUGGCCACCGUUGUCAUCGGCAAUCUUGUGGUUCUUAACCUUUUCUUAGCCUUGCUUUUGUCAAAUUUUGGCUCAUCUAGUUUAUCAGCACCAACGGCCGACAAUGAUACCAACAAAAUAGCUGAGGCCUUUAAUCGUAUUGGCCGUUUUAAAAGUUGGGUUAAGCGUAAUGUUGCUGAUUGUUUCAAGUUAAUACGUAACAAAUUGACAAAUCAAAUAAGUGAUCAACCUUCAGGUGAGAGGAUCAACCAGAUCAGUUGGAUUUGGAGCGAAGGCAAGGGCGUUUGUCGUUGUAUAUCUGCAGAGCACGGUGACAACGAGUUGGAGCUGGGACACGACGAGAUUCUCGCCGACGGUCUGAUCAAGAAAGGGAUCAAGGAGCAGACUCAGCUGGAGGUUGCCAUUGGUGAUGGCAUGGAGUUUACAAUACACGGCGACAUGAAGAACAAUAAGCCGAAGAAAUCCAAAUAUCUAAAUAAUGCAACGAUGAUUGGCAACUCAAUUAACCACCAAGACAAUAGACUGGAACACGAGCUAAACCAUAGAGGUUUGUCCUUACAGGACGACGACACUGCCAGCAUUAACUCAUAUGGUAGCCAUAAGAAUCGACCAUUCAAGGACGAAAGCCACAAGGGUAGCGCCGAAACGAUGGAGGGCGAGGAGAAGCGCGACGCCAGUAAAGAGGAUUUAGGUCUCGACGAGGAGCUAGACGAGGAGGGCGAAUGCGAGGAGGGCCCACUCGACGGUGAUAUCAUAAUACAUGCAAAUGACGAGGAUAUACUUGACGAGUAUCCAGCUGAUUGCUGCCCCGAUUCGUACUAUAAGAAAUUUCCAAUCUUAGCCGGUGACGAAGAUUCGCCGUUCUGGCAAGGAUGGGGCAAUUUACGACUGAAAACUUUUCAAUUAAUUGAAAAUAAAUAUUUUGAAACAGCUGUUAUCACUAUGAUUUUAAUGAGUAGCUUAGCUUUGGCUUUAGAAGAUGUACAUCUGCCACAAAGGCCCAUACUGCAGGAUAUUUUAUACUAUAUGGACAGAAUAUUUACGGUUAUAUUCUUCUUGGAGAUGUUAAUCAAGUGGUUGGCCCUCGGCUUCAAAGUGUACUUCACGAACGCGUGGUGCUGGCUUGAUUUCGUUAUUGUCAUGGUAUCGCUUAUCAACUUCGUUGCUUCACUUGUUGGAGCUGGUGGUAUUCAAGCCUUCAAGACUAUGCGAACGUUAAGAGCACUGAGACCACUACGUGCCAUGUCCCGUAUGCAGGGCAUGCGGGUCGUCGUUAAUGCGCUGGUACAAGCUAUACCGUCCAUCUUCAAUGUGCUAUUGGUGUGUCUAAUAUUUUGGCUAAUUUUUGCCAUAAUGGGUGUACAGCUUUUUGCUGGAAAAUAUUUUAAGUGCGAAGAUUUAAACGGAACGAAGCUCAGCCACGAGAUUAUACCAAAUCGCAAUGCCUGCGAGAGCGAGAACUACACGUGGGUGAAUUCAGCAAUGAAUUUCGAUCAUGUAGGUAACGCGUAUCUGUGCCUUUUCCAAGUGGCCACCUUCAAAGGCUGGAUACAAAUAAUGAACGAUGCAAUCGAUUCACGAGAGGUGGACAAGCAGCCGAUUCGUGAAACGAACAUCUACAUGUAUUUAUAUUUCGUGUUCUUCAUCAUAUUUGGAUCAUUUUUCACACUCAAUCUGUUCAUUGGUGUUAUCAUUGAUAAUUUUAAUGAGCAAAAGAAAAAAGCAGGUGGAUCAUUAGAAAUGUUCAUGACAGAAGAUCAGAAAAAGUACUAUAAUGCUAUGAAAAAGAUGGGCUCUAAAAAACCAUUAAAAGCCAUUCCAAGACCAAGGUGGCGUCCACAAGCAAUAGUCUUUGAAAUAGUAACCGAUAAGAAAUUCGAUAUAAUCAUUAUGUUAUUCAUUGGUCUAAACAUGUUCACCAUGACACUCGAUCGUUACGACGCGUCGGACACGUACAACGCGGUCCUUGACUAUCUCAAUGCGAUAUUCGUAGUUAUUUUCAGUUCCGAAUGUCUAUUAAAAAUAUUCGCUUUACGAUAUCACUAUUUUAUUGAGCCAUGGAAUUUAUUUGAUGUAGUAGUUGUCAUUUUAUCCAUCUUAGGUCUCGUACUUAGCGAUAUUAUCGAGAAAUACUUUGUGUCGCCGACGCUGCUCCGUGUGGUGCGCGUGGCGAAAGUGGGUCGAGUCCUGCGCCUGGUCAAGGGCGCCAAGGGCAUACGAACGCUUCUAUUCGCGCUGGCGAUGUCGCUGCCGGCGCUGUUCAACAUCUGCCUGCUGCUCUUCCUGGUGAUGUUCAUCUUCGCAAUCUUCGGCAUGUCGUUCUUCAUGCACGUGAAGGAGAAGAGCGGCAUCAACGAUGUCUACAACUUCAAGACGUUUGGCCAGAGCAUGAUCCUGCUCUUUCAGAUGUCUACCUCAGCCGGUUGGGAUGGUGUACUCGACGCCAUUAUCAAUGAGGAAGCAUGCGAUCCACCCGACAACGACAAAGGCUAUCCGGGCAAUUGUGGUUCAGCGACCGUUGGAAUAACGUUUCUCCUCUCAUAUCUAGUUAUAAGCUUUUUGAUAGUUAUUAAUAUGUACAUUGCUGUCAUUCUUGAGAACUAUAGUCAGGCCACCGAAGAUGUGCAGGAGGGUCUCACCGACGACGACUACGAUAUGUACUAUGAGAUCUGGCAGCAGUUUGAUCCCGAGGGCACACAAUAUAUACGCUACGAUCAGCUGUCCGAAUUUCUGGACGUGCUAGAGCCCCCGCUCCAGAUACACAAGCCGAAUAAGUACAAAAUCAUAUCGAUGGAUAUACCCAUCUGUCGCGGUGAUCUCAUGUACUGUGUGGACAUACUCGACGCACUCACCAAAGACUUUUUCGCGCGCAAAGGCAAUCCAAUCGAGGAGACCGGCGAAAUUGGCGAAAUCGCCGCCCGACCCGACACCGAGGGCUACGAGCCCGUCUCCUCCACACUCUGGCGCCAGCGGGAGGAGUACUGCGCCCGCCUCAUACAGCAUGCUUGGCGCAAGCACAAAACGCGCGCCGAAGCCGGCGGCGGUGAUCCAGAUUCGGAUGCCGCCAACGAUAUGGAGCCCGAUCCGGCUGCCGGCGACGACGCGCCCGAUGACAGCGCAGCUGGAGAUGAUGAUCCUGAUGCCGCCGGCGCCAAUGGUGGCCAUGAUCCAGCUGCUGACGGGGCAGCUGCCGAUCCAGCCAACGAGCCCAGGAGCAUUGUAAAUAGUCCAAUGGAUGGCGGCGGCGGCAGUCCCGGUGGCCAGAGCGCCGGCAGUGGCGGCAGCGCCGGCCGCCAGACGGCCGUUCUCGUCGAGAGCGAUGGUUUUGUGACAAAAAACGGCCACAAGGUUGUAAUACACUCGCGAUCGCCGAGCAUAACAUCGCGCACGGCAGAUGUCUGAGCCAGGCCUCGCCCCCCCCUCCAAGACGCACGCGAGUAUUAGGAGCAGCAGGCACAACAGCAGCAGCUACCAUUUGUGUGUGUGUGUGUGUGUCAGCUGCAGCUGCAGCCGCAACAGCAAUAACAGCAGCAACAGCAACAACAGCAGCAGCAGCAGCAGCAGCAGCAGCGACAGCAACAACAACAACAACAGUGAGCAAACAGGUACAGCGAACAACAAACAGCAACAGCAACAACAACAGCGAUCAAGCAUAAUUUUCUGCUAAAAAAACAAAACAAAACAAAACAAAACAAACAACAACAAAAACCAAAAUGAAUAAUUAAAGUACAACAGCAACAACAACAAGCAACAAGCAACACCAACAACAACAACAACAACAACAACAACAUCCUAACAACAACGACAGCAGCAAGUGUCUAAAAUUUAAGUUAAUUCAGUUCGAGCAACUACAACAACAACAAAAACAAUCAUACUUAAGAAAUAUUAAACAUUUAAAUUAAAUUAAUUAAGCAGCCUCGUAGUUUACCUUUUAAAUCACACCCACACACACACACACACACACACACACACACACACACACAUAUUACAUUACAAAUACCGUACGAGUACAAUCGAGCAAUCAGCCAAUACAAAAGCUAAGAUUCUAAAUUCGAUUAUUGAUUCUAAAAUCUACAUUCUAAAAUGAAGCCUUAAAUAUUAAAUAUGAUUUGCGCACUCAGAGAAAAUCAAAUCAUAAUAUAUUAAUUAAAUUAAAGACAGUGUGAAUUCUAAUUACAAUUACAAUUAAAAACGAAAACAAAACCAAAAAAAAAACAAGAAGCAGCAACAUAAUCUACAUUCUAACAUAUAACGCGCAAGAAAUACGAAAAACAAAACAAAAAAAAAAAAAACGAGAAACAAAUAAGGAUAUUUAAUUAAAGCAAAGUAUAAUUAACUAAUAAACUUAUUCGAAAGCAACAAUUUGAGAUGAAACACCAAUUACAUGAUUAUAUAGUAUUUUGUAUUUGUAUAUUACAUUUUAAAGAAGUUAUUGAAAAACGAAAACCGUCUGAACUGCCAUAAAAGCAAUACAAAUUAAUCAUGAAAACCAAAUACGAUAUCAAGAACAUUUCUAAACGCACCAACACUAACACACAUAACACACAUACAUAUGUACUGGUAUAAUAUAUAUUUCCAUAUUCCGCAAAAGAGAAUUACAAUCCAAAGUUCGAUUGAGUCAUUUCAAACGUAAUGCAUUGUGUUGAAGCGAAUCCUAUUUUAGACACUCACACACACACCCAUACAUACUUACAGUUUAUAGGAGAAUUCUUCGCCUAUGCUAUGAAUCGAACAAAGUAUCUAUAGCGCGUUAUCCAAUACUUAGCAGGCAUAAAUGUAGACAGAUUGAACUAAAGAACAACAACGAUUUAUAGUUUUAACCAGCGUACGGCAAUUAGCAACAAGUUAAAAGCAUACAUUACACACUCACACACACAGACACACACACACACUCGUAGCAGCAUGUUCAUGGAAACCAGUGUUGGGCAAUUGCACGGAUUACAGCUAUUUUUGCUGUGCUGGCAAUGACGCCCAUGCGGCAACUGUACCGCACUCACGAACCCAAACCCAAAAACACACACACACACACACACACACACACACAGAAUCUCAGAUAUUUUCAUUGGAGUUGGGGCGCAUUGAGCUAAACAAAUACGGAACAAACAAUCUAAACAAGUUUAAACGACAACAACUUACCAAACGAAACGGUUAAGGAAAUGGAAAAAGCAAAUGCAUAAGAAAACGUUACGAAACUUUGAAUUUGAAUUGAAAUGAAAUGAAAGUAACACAAAUUGUAAAAACUGUGUCGCCCGCAAAUGUGAAUAAGUGAAGAAGCGAAAGACAAAAACAAAAUGGAAUGAAACAAAACUGUGCAUAGCACACACAAAUGUGAAGUGAUUAGGGCAAAAGCAAAACAAUGUUAUGUGCAUAAACAAAAAAAAAAAAUGAAUAAAAACAAUAUGAAAAGAAACAAAAAAGAAAGAAGUUAACUAAAAUACAAACUAAAGUACAUAUGUGUGCGCAAAACAGAUGAAAGGAGCACAAAAAGUGUACAAUAUCGAAAGAUUUUAUUUAAUGAUCGUUCUCUCUCUCUCUUUCUCUCUCUAUCCCUCUCUCUUUUAAAGUCAUUCGUCUUUUUUAAUAAUCCACAAAAAAAAAAACAGUAAAUUUUGACUAAAAAGCAAACAUAAACUUAAUAAUUGACAAAGGCAAAAACAAAAGAAAUUUAACAUACAUAUGUAUGUAUAUGUAAAUGCACAUAGUACAUAAAAGUACAUAUAAAAUAAGUAUAAAUAGUAUUCAAUUAAAAAAAGAAAAUAAUGAAAAAGUAACAACCAAAAAGAAGAAUUUAGCUUGAUUGCUUUUGAAGAAAAGCGUUGCCUACUUGUCAGCGCAUUCGCUUAUUGCGUUUUGUUUCGUUUCAUUUCGCUUCGUUUCGCUUCAUUCCGUUUCGUUUCGCUUCGUAUUUGCCGGCGCUUCGAGGGUGUGCCGUUAAUUUGCUUAUAGCUUACUCCGCUCGAAGCGGUAUUUGUUAUGUGUAUGUAUGUAUGCUUCUUCCAGUAAUAUUAUCUUUUAUUCUUUUAUUCAGUUAAUUUUUACUUGUAACUUUCAACUUUUGACUAGCAAUGCGAUUGGAAUAUUUCUUCUGUUUUGAUUGACAGCAACUAAAAAAAAAAGGAAGGAAUUAUCUAACCAAAUUCUAACUACAGUAUGAACAACUUGAUAUAUACAAAUGUGAGGUUCCAUUGCGCACUAACACGUUUAUCCAAUUCACACACACACAGACACACAACCACACACACACACACACACACACAUGCUUUGCUAUUGCUUCAAAUUAGCCAAAUAUGUUGGAAAUUAAUGAAAUUGGGAUAAAGAUGCGCCUUGUUUUUUGUUUUGGCUCAACAAGAAUGGAAACAUUUAUACAGAAACAUUGUACACAUACGUAUAUGUCUGUCGCUGUCUACACAGAUUUCACAGAUCAACAAUAUUCAGAACUAAUACACGUGCUUUUAACACACUGCCUUUCCUCGACUAAACUGUAAUGUUUGACAUAGAAAUGUAGAAGUUGUUUACGUACAACAACAAUUAAUACAUAGAAGUACAUAUGUAUGUACAUCCAAACCAACAACAAGUUACAUACUCGUACACACACGCAUACACAUCAUAAAUCCACGAAAUUGUACAAAUUUUGAGAACCUACUUAGCUACACUCUUGAAUUGACCGAACCAACCCGAAGCAAAUUAUAUAACAAAAAAUAAACGAAAAAUAUGUAAAAAAAAAAAAGAAUAACAUUAGCGCUGAGCUCCAAUAGUUGAUUAAACUUACUGCAAAAGACUAUUAUUUGCAUAUUUUUGUGUGUUUAUCGAUUGUCCUUCAGUUGUUUCUUUUUUUUGAUUUUCUUGGUAGUUUUCAUUGUAAUUCACGUAUUUUUGACUGUGACUCGUUUUCGACACAUUCGACAAGUUCGAAUUGUGCUUGCAACGGCGUAUAACAGUUUUAGCUACAGCUGCUGUUAGCAUUAUCGGUCACACCACCACAUCUACCGUUAACUGUGCGCUGUCGUAUAACAAAUCAUAUUACGAAAGCAACCUAACCUAAAAGAAACAAACAAAAAAAGCACAGAUAUAAUAUAUGCAAAAAUAUAGUUAUAUUAUAGGGACCAGUUAAAGCGUUGCCUUUUCAAUGAACACAUCAAGUCAAAGUUCCAAAUACCUUAUUUCUAUGCUUUUAUAAGAUGGGCUUUUUACGGGCACCACAGCCGAUUCUUUCUGAAUUAUUCAAUUCUUCAUAGUAUUCUCGCUUGUGUGUAAUUCGGUUUCUGAUCAUAAUUUCGCGAUUAUUCCAAUUUGUAUCUAAUGUUAGCGCCUUUUGAUUUUUAACGCUUUCGGCAUUUCUAAGUACGUUAUUGCGAAAGGCCAUUUUGCUGAUUUCUCCCCCACUUAACGAACGCUUGCCAAUUGCCAAUUGUUUACCGACUUGAAUAAAGCUUCAUUAUUACACAUUUUGUUGGCUGUUUGACAAAUAAUACAAAACCACGAAAAAGAGUUAAUAAUAAAGAACACAUGCUAAACAAAAAUUAACCGACAUGCCAACUAAUAACAGAAAAUUAAGUUUGAAAUUCCGUACAAAAUGCAUAAGUUAAAAACCAAACAAAAAAAACAUAAAAUAUAUAUAUAUUUUAAAUAUAUAUACUGAGUGCACUGUUAUAAAUGAGGGGCGGGGCGAGAUUAAAAAAAAAAAACAAAAAGAAAUACGAACAAAACAAAAAACAAACUAACAGAAUAAAAACAAAUAUUAUUCAAUACAACACAAAGGACGUUCUCAAGAGCGUACACAAAUGAAGCUUACGCGAUUUAAGAACAUCAAAUGCGACUAAAAAAUAAUAAAAGCGAAUUGUAAAAUUAUAAUAAUAACAAUGAUAAUUGAGUAAUAAUCAUGAAUAAUAAACUUAAGUACUUUAUGAAUAAUAAAAACAAACAAAAUAUAACAUAAAAGUAUAAAUAAAUAAUUAUCGAAUAAAAUGCAGAAUGGAACUAUUUCAUAUUUUAGCAUAAAUAUUUUUUGUGCCGAGGUUACGUUUGAAGCAACACGCGCAUCAUUGCCAUUAGACAGAAUAAAAUUAAAUAUAUAUACAUAUAUAUUUAUAUAUAUACAUAUAUAUAUAUAUAUAUAGAUACAUAUGUAUAUAUAUUAAUAUAUAUAUAUAUAUAUAUAUAUACAAAUACAUACACGCAUAUAUACUGAAUAUGAAUAUGCCCAAAACUGAAUAUAAAGUAAAACUAUUUAUAACAAAAUACUUAUUGCAUAUUUUGUGCUGCUGAAUGAGGUCACAACGCAACAAAACAAAUUAUAAAUAAAACGUAAUGAACUUGAUAACAAUAAUGCAAAUAAAAUUCUAAUUUAUCUUAGAGCAAUAAUCGUCAGAUGCAUGCAUACUUAUCGUAUAAGAAGUAGUAGUCUAUAUGUCGCUAUGACUAAUAUUUUGAACCAGCACUGUGCGUCUGCUCUGUGCCCCACGCACUCACAGGCUCACGUGUAUAACAGUUCAUAGGACACACAGGUACAGUCGCAGAACAGUGCGCACAGUGCCGGCACAAAGUGUGCGAACAGGCUUGUGGGAUUCUGCAGCAGAGGCGAAAAUUUAAAAUACAAAGCAAAAUAAAAUCUAAAAAAAAAAAUACACCAAAAAAUUGAAAAACGCAAAAAAAAAACAUAACAAAAAGAACCCUCAAAAACAAACCAAGAAUCUUUUUUUAGGUACACUUAAAUCAAAGCGUGAAAUAUUAUAUUAGUUAAUAAAUAAAUAAAUGCUUUUUUGUCGAAUCACUAUAGAAAAUUUAAAUGAACAACAACUUUAGCUUUAUACUCGUACAUUUACAUUUGUAAUAUAUUACAUAAGUCUAGUUAAUUACAUUAAAUAAAAACUAAUAAUUAUAUAAAAGAAAAAAAAAAACAAAAACAAUAUAAGAAUGAAAAUCAAACGAAGCAUAGCAAAUUAAUUCGAAGAAAAUAUAAAUAAAAAAAAAGAAAAACAAAAAAAAGUGUAAAAACAAAAAGAAACAUUUAUAUGUAAUGCAGCCAGUUAAUAUGCAUAGCUAAAAAUAAUAAUAAAACAAAACAAAAAAAAUAGCAAAAAAAAAACAAUUGCAAUUAGAUAUUCGAUAUAUAAAAAUUUUACAUUUCUUCAUAUUUUUGUUAUAUUUGUGGUGUAAUUAUAAUUAUUAUUGUAAUUUAGUUACGAAUAUUUUGUGUUGCACACUAACACACAGACACACACACACACACACACAAACUCCGGACACACUCACAUGCAUACUCACACACAUACACGCACACGCACACGCACACAGAUUUCCAGCAUCCGAAUGCCCAUGCCAAGCAGCCGAGAAAUAAUUUUAAGUACAGUUGAGUACAUAAACUAAUGAAAGCCAAGUCUUAAGAGCAAGAAGCUUAACAACCACACCAACAAGAAACACACAAUUAUGAAAGUUGCCAUCCAGCGAAGUAUUUGCAAUUUACAUACUACAUUGAGACAGACAUACAUAUGUACAUGAUAUAAGUACAUAUGUUAGUAUAUUGAGCGAAAGCAGGAAGCAUUCAAUUUGAAUAAUACAGUUUAAAUAAUUGACAAACCGAACGAAAAGCAGCCACUUUCAUUAAUAAGAAUAUAAAAAAAAAACAGACUGAAAAAGAUACUAAAUAAAAUGAUAAAAAAUUUAUAUGAUAGUAAAUGUAAAAAUGCAUCAAGCGAGUAUUAAACAAGCUGCCUAACAAGUCCCUCUACUUACAUAGCCACAAGCCUACACCCAGCCACACACACACACGCACACACACACAUACACCCACAGCUACCUAGCAGCAACGGACAGUUUAUUAAACCUUAAUAAAAUAUUAAAGAAUAAUAAUAACAAUUAGCGCCACAAGAUAAGCUUGUAAAAAAAUAACAACAAAAAACGAAGAAAAAAAAAGAAUAUAUAUAUAUAUAUAUAUAUAUAUAUACAUAUAUGACAUAAACGACAAACAAUAAGAAAAAUGUAUUUAUAUUUAUACACAAAGCAAGCAAAAAACAAUUUAAAUAUACAUAUAAAAGUCUUUUCUAAACACCAAAUAAAAGCAAGAGAGUCACAGGCACCGUUAGCAUAUUUUUUUUAUAUACAAAAUACAAUUUAAGCAAAGUACAUGAAGUAAAUUAUUAGUGAGAAACAACUGAUGUCUUUGUAAAGACUUUAUAUAUGCCUGCCAUAUGCCUACAUCUGCCUAGCUGUCUGACUCUAUUUAACACUAAUUAUUUUCUCUCGCUUGAGCACAAAAACACUCACACUCCCCCACUCCACACACACACUUACA